AUGGCAGCACUUGCAGGAGCUUGGAUAGCUUUUAUUAUCAUUAUUGGAAUUCUACUCGUCUUUAGCAUUCUGUUCACAAAAUAUUACCAAGACCGUCGUGAUAGUGAACCUUUAGCUACAUUUGUUACGAUUUGUUCCUUAACGCUGUGCUUAAGUGCAAUAGCAUUAUUUCCUGUAGAUAUAUUUUUAGUAUCUUCAACGGUUAAUUUAAAUACUGGAUUAAAGCAUGAUUGGGCUAAAGAUCAAGUUCAAAAUAUUUUAAAUCAAAUAAAUGCUGUUUAUUAUGGAAUGUAUGGCCUGAUUGCUAUAUUCUGUUCAUUCGUGAUUCCAUUCGCUUAUUUCUAUUUUGAGGAAUAUGAAGAAGGUGAAUCAAAUCAACAGCCUAAAGAUAAAAAAAUACCAGUUGAUCUGGAUUUUUUCAAAAAAUUCUUGACUGGAAGUCUUGGCGAAAACAGUAUUUCUUUCAUUAUAGCUAUUCUUAUGGUGAUUGGAAUGAUCAUUUUUAUCGUGUACACUGCCCCCGGACUAUCAUUACUUCCAAUUAGAAUGAUAAAAGGAGCAGGCCAAUCCGGUCCAUCAGAUUCUGAAAUUGAGAGUCAUCUCAGACUAAAUCGUGAAAAACAAAGAGUUAUAAACUCAAAAUAUCAAGGUUCCAAUCAAACAAUGAAUAGAAAAGAUACUGAACAGCUAGAACACUUGAUCACUGAGGAAAAAAUAUUGAUGCGACGGUUGCGUGCGUAUGAAGCAAGCAAGACAGGGAUAUUGAACAAGAUUCUUAUGAUUUUCAGACCAUUUGAAUAUUUUCCUCUUGAUUACAUUUUUAUGGUUUUGCUUAUUCUUUACUUUUUCAUUAGCACUAUAGUCGGUGUUGUAUUUAUAGGAAUUCGAUUCUUAUGGAUUACACUUUAUAAAGUCCAUAUUUGCACACCUACUGCGAUAUCAACGUUCAUUCAACGCAUAACAGUAAAUACACCAUUCUUUGGUGUUGUAUUUUACUAUUCACAAUGGGCAUUUUUAAUUGUAUUAGCUCUUGGAUUUGUUUAUUCAACAAUUAGGCCACAAAGUUAUAUAUCUCUUGAUGACUUCGAUGAUGAAUUAGAAGAGAGUGAAAGAUUAUUGAAUCCUAGUAGUUAG